CUUUUGCUUCUUGUCUAAUGGGACCUUGAUGACCACUGGGAUUAUACACACAAGAUGGUAGCAAAACCUUAAAGACGGGCUACUUAACCAGAGUGGCUUGUAAACAAGAGAUUAGCCAAGUUGGCUAGAGUGGAUGUACUCUUCACUUUGCACUUAGAGCUUCGAAUUCCCUUAUUCUCAUGGAAUGUUUUAACCUCUCCUGAAGGUCAAAAUUGAGAGUUUGAAUUGUUUGGUCUAGUAUUCUUUAAAAAUGAUCCUAAUUCCUCUCAUUACAUAUGCAAGCACAACUUUUAGAAAGUAGUUAGUGUUUGUUGUGUUAAUGGAGUGGUUGCGCUCCUUACGUACACAAGGCUCAGAAGAAAACCCACAGCAAAUUCUUAUCACCUUUAGAAAAAUUCCAAAACAUGCAUGUUGAUCGUUCCAAACGAAAAUAGCUAUGAGCAGCCCUUUGUUCUACGAGUUGAAGAAGCAAGCCUCUUCCUUCUUGAAAGAGAAGAUUAAAACUGCUCGCUUGACGCUGACUGAUGUAACUCCUGCACAACUAAUGACGGAAGAAGCUACAAAUGAAAAUCCAUGCCCGCCAGACACACGCACCAUUGGAGUAAUAUCAAGGGCUGCCUUUGAAGUUGAUGAUUAUUGGAGAAUUGUGGAGAUUCUACAUAAGAGGUUGUUGAGCUUCAAUAGAAAGAAUUGGAGAGGCUCUUACAAGGCUCUAAUUCUAUUGGAACACCUGCUAAGCCAUGGGCCAUUGAGAAUUGCGGAGGAGUUUGAGGGUGAUAAAGAUAUUAUCAAGGAGAUGGGGAGGUUUCAGUAUAUCGAUGAGAAGGGGUUUAACUGGGGAUUGAGUGUGAGAAAGUUAUCUGAGAGAGUAGUAAAACUUGUUGAAGAUGAGGCGUUCUUCAGAGAAGAGAGAGCCAGAGCUCGCAAUCUAACAUGUGGAAUCAAAGGAUUCGGGAGCUUCAGCCUGCAGUGUUCUUCUUCCAUAGAUUCAAGCUUGAAGGACUUGUCCUUCAAAACAUAUGAGAGAUGUAAUUCUCACCACAAUGACCAUCAAAGUUGCAAAAAUCGGGCCCUCGGCUCUAACGAGAAAUUUUUAAUGGAGGAAGAGAAGAAGAAACCAAAGCAAAUUGAUGGUUACCAGGACAUCAUCUCAAAACCUGACAUGAGUCUUGACAUAGAAGAUCAUCCAUUUUGCGAGAGUGAGCAUCAGACGGCAGAAUCCCUUCUUUCUACUGUAAAAUGAAACUUGAAAGCUAUGUUGUGUUUGUGUGAUAACCUAGUUUGUAUAUGCUUUGAUACGAGGUUUCAAUACAUACAUGUUAAACAAGAA